CUUUCUUCCCAGACUGACCUGACCUGGAUCCCCGCCAUGCACAACAGCACGGCCAAAACUCUGCAUGUGGCUGCAAUGUGUAACGAGACUUGGCCUCCGGAGUGGCCAAGCUCUGAGUUCUCCCUGGGUGUGCUGGUGCUGCUGGCUUUCCUCAUGGUGCUGCUGUGUCUGGUGACCAUCCUUGGAAACACCCUGGUGAUCCUUGCUUUUGUGCUGGACAGAAACCUCAGGCACCGGAGUAACUAUUUCUUUCUGAAUCUUGCUGUUUCUGACUUUGCAGUGGGUGUGUUCUGCAUGCCCCUCUACAUCCCUUACAGCCUGACAGGGAAAUGGCACUUGGGAAGAGGCAUCUGCAAGCUCUGGCUGGUUAUGGACUAUCUCCUCUGCACAGCUUCAGUGUUUAACAUUGUUCUUAUCAGCUAUGACCGUUUCCUGUCCGUCACUAAAGCUGUAUCUUACAGAGCCCAGCAGGGAAUAACAUCCAGCCCUGCCAUCAAGAUGGUGGCCAUCUGGGUCCUGGCAUUUCUCCUGUACUGCCCAGCCAUCCUGUUUUGGGAGCACGUGGCCGGACGCAGCGUGGUAGCGGCGGAUCAGUGCUACGCCGAGUUCUUUGACAACUGGUACUUCCUCCUGUGCGCAUCCACGCUGGAGUUCUUUGUGCCGCUGCUCUUGGUGACCUACUUCAACAUGCACAUCUUCCACAACAUCCAGAGGCGGCAGCGGCGCGGCAGCCUGCAGGGCUGCGAGCCUCCAAGGAGCAGCAGCCUGUCCUGGAGGUUUUGUGUCUCGCCGAGGCCAGGGGCAUCAUCUCCUUCAUCAGAGGCAGAGGACAGUGUUUCUUCUUCCAUGAGACCACAGAAAGAGUCUUUGGGAACUGACUGCUCCUCUCCAUCCAGAGGCAAUUCUGUAACCCCAGAAAAUGACUAUUCUAGUUCCUUCUGUGCAAAGACCAGAUCAAAGCUGCAACAGGACAAGAAAAUAGCAAAGUCUCUUGUCAUACUUGUCAGUGUAUUUGCCAUUUGCUGGGCCCCAUACUCUUUAUUAAUGAUUAUUCGUGGGGCCUGCCAGGGAACCUGUGUCCAUAACUUCCUAUAUGAAGCAACCUUUUGGCUUUUGUGGAUCAAUUCCUCUUUGAACCCAUUUCUUUAUCCUCUCUGUCAUGUUAAAUUUCGAAUGGCUUUUCUGAAAAUACUAUGCCACAAAAAAUUUGCAACAUUGAGAUCAGGUUCUUUUUAGCAGGAAAAAGAAAAACAAGGUCCAAGGGGACCAGGAUGAGGGAUGUAAGUAGCCACUGCCUGAGAUUAAAUUUAGUCUUUUCCAGGGGAUUAAACUAUCUGGAAAAUCUAAAUAAGCCUUCUGUGAAAUCUUCUCCUGCAGACCAAGGUUUGUGUAUCUUUCCCAGCUAUUUUGAUUGCCCAGGUAAAGGCUAUUGCCUCUGUCUGACUUCGCCUAGUAGUCUAUCCACAUUAUCUUAAUUCUGAUUGCUGAAAACGUUGUCUUCAAUUGCAGUUCUGCUUAUAUUUGUGUUCAGAGGUGAUAUUAGGUAAAAAUACAAUGAAGUUUGUAUUACCCAUAGGGUCAAUAGUAUUCUAAAAUUGCUAUCUUCUCUGUUCUAUUUCUUUUGAACAAUUUGAAUUCAGAAUCUGAUUUUUGCCUAUAUGAAACAUCCAAUGAAGU